CAGCAAAGUCAGCCAAUCAGUAAUGAGAUUGCAAGUUAAGCCAGUAGGGGGAGGCAAAUAGGUGAAAAACCACUUAUAGAGUUAUCUGAGAGAGGUUUUUAGGAAGCUUCUAAGGCAUUACAGACCCAAACAAAAACAUUUUUGUCUACAUGUCACAUCACAGAACAAGGAUAAAUACCCUGUUCAAUCAUUCUAUGUCACCUUUAACUAGAUCAAAAUUGAAUUAUAAACUCAACAACUGUAAAUUCUUGCCUUGUUUAAAUGGGUUAGGGUAACCUGAGUUUUAGGGGUUAAGACCGUUGGCAUUCACAAAGAUAAGGAAACAAACAAGCGAUUUGUCCUACGAAGUCAAUAACACGAGAAAUGCUUAUUCCAAGUUACAAGUUUUCACAAUUCCGAAACAAUGCCUGUUAAGAGAGAAAGAGAGUUGUGUCUACAAUCAGAAUCAAUUUGUCAAGAAUAUUUGGAAAAGAUGAGUUUUUAGUUGUUUUUUGAAUGUGGCUGAUCAGACUCCUAUAGGAAGAUCAUUCCACCAGCAGCGAGUAGUGAAGGAAAAUUAGCGGGAAUGUGAUUUAGUGAUGGUAAGACGAGGCGCCGCUCCUUUACUGAACGUAAGGUUCUGGAUGGGGUGUAGGAGUGCAGGAAAGUGUGAAAGUAUGCAGAUGCGUACCCAAUGAAAGUUAAGUGAGCACUAGUGAUUUAUACCUGACACAAGCAUCAAUCGGUAACCAGUGGAGAGAGAUGAAGAGCACCGUUACAUGAGGAAGAUGAGUCGGGCUGCUGUGAUCUGAACCAGUUGGAGUGGUUUGAUGCUCGGUGCCGGAAGGCCAGCAAGGAGAGCAUUACAGUUGUCCAACAUAGAGAUUACCAGGGCCUGGAUCAGGAGUUGUGCAGCAUGCUCCGUAAGGAAGGGGUGUAUCUUCCUGGUAUUGUGAAAUCGACAUGAUCGUACUGCCUUUGCAAUGUAAUCAGUGAAGGACAGUUGGUCAUCAAAGAUUACGUUGAGGUUUCUGAAAGUUUUGGAAGGAGUAAUGGUUGUGUUACACAGUUGAAUGGAUAAAGCAUGUUUUAUCUUGGGUUGUGCGGAAAUACAAACAGCUCCAUCUUUGCUAGGUUCAGCUGGAGGUGGUGUUUCUUCAUCCAAGCCAAGAUCUCGGCUGAGCAGCCUGUAAUGUGUGCUGCUAUGGUGGUAUCGUCUGGGUGAAAUGAGAAGAAGAUCUGGGUGUCAUCAGCAUAGCAGUGGUAGGAGAAACCUUGUGCAUGUAUGAUAGGUCCUAAAGAUGUUGUGUUGAUGGAGAAAAGGAGUGGACCAAGCACUGAUCCUUGAGGGACCCCAGUGACCAUCUUUAAACCUUAUCUAUUUGAAAUUUUUCCAAUUAAAAUGGUGGAUGUUUUUUUUAUUUUAAACUGUGAUGUGAGCCAAAUGUCAACCCACCCAGAAUAUCUUUCUGAUCGUUUGUUUUAUUUGAAAUGACACCCUGACAUUUAUUUUUACAGUUAGAGAAGUGUGUGCUGUGUUGAAGGGUUAACCUGGUGAAGGUAUUAUGGAGUUAGAGGGAUAAAGCCUUCUGAAAUAAGUUGAGUCAGGUACUUGUGUCUGUGUGUUUGUGCCUGUGUGUGUGUGUAUCUGUGUGUGUUACAGGGUUUAAUCUUCAGUUUCCCAUCAGUCUUCUCGUAUCUGUCCGAGUGUUUCACACAGACCCCCAAUCUUCUUCAGGAGGACCCCUAAUCUCAUGCAGAUGAAUCCCACACUUUUCCUUUGAGGAUUUCCGUGUUUCUGCCUGUCGUUGCAUCUUCUGGUGUCUUUAUAGAGAAGCUUCAAUGUUUUCACUCUGACUCUGUCAAUCUUCUGGUGUCUCUCGGUCUUUAGAUCCAUCGUCUCCUUGCUUGUUGUGUCACCAUGGAUAUCGGCGGUCUCACCACCGUGGUGGCCAACUCUGCGUACAUCUCGGCUCGUGGUAGUUUUGACGGCAGCGCAAACCCGGCGGCCAACCGAGAUAAGAAAUACUACACCAAACUUAAACUACCCCACAUCACGGUGUGUGAAGAUCUGAGAGAGACUCUAGAUCUGCAGUUUAAAAGCAUCUGCGUGGAGCAGCCCAUCGGCAAACGUUUGUUUCAGGAGUUCCUGGAGACCACCAACGAGUACAAAGGACCAUGUCGUCUCUGGAAGGACAUCGAGGAGUACGAUACGGCCGAAGAUAAAGAUCGCUCUCACAAAGCUGCUAAAAUCCUCCAGCGUUACAUGGAGCCCUCUGCGAAGCUCUUCUGUCCGUUUUUACCUGAGAAUGAAAUCACCAAGGUGAAGGAACGGCAUCGGGAGGCGACAGACGACCUGUUUGUGGAGAUCUCGAUCGGCGUGUUUGAUUUCCUCAAGGAGGUUCCCUUCACCUUCUAUCUGGAGAGCAUCUACUUCAAACGCUUCCUGCAGUGGAAAUGGCUGGAGAUGCAGCCGGUUGGGGAGGAUUGGUUCCUGGACUUCCGUGUUUUGGGAAAAGGCGGAUUCGGAGAAGUGUCUGCUUGUCAGAUGCGAGCCACAGGAAAACUCUACGCCUGCAAGAAACUCAACAAAAAGAGACUGAAGAAGAGGAAAGGUUAUGAGGGUGCCAUGGUGGAGAAACGGAUUCUGGCUCGUGUUCACAGUAGAUUCAUUGUGUCACUGGCUUACGCUUUCCAGACCAAAACUGAACUCUGUCUGGUUAUGACCAUCAUGAAUGGAGGAGAUCUCAGGUAUCACAUCUAUAAUGUAGAUGAGAAUAAUCCAGGAUUCUCUGAAUCAAGAGCCUGUUAUUACACAGCUCAGAUCAUCCAGGGGAUGGAGCAUCUUCAUCAGAAGAGAAUCAUCUACAGAGAUCUGAAACCAGAGAAUGUUCUGCUGGAUAAUGAAGGUAAUGUGCGAAUCUCUGACCUUGGUUUAGCUGUUGAACUACCAGAUAAUCAGGAUAAAACCAAAGGUUACGCUGGAACCCCAGGUUUCAUGGCUCCUGAACUUCUGAAGGGUGAAGAAUAUGAUUAUUCUGUGGAUUAUUUUACAUUGGGAGUGACGCUGUAUGAGUUCAUCGCUGCUAAAGGACCUUUCAGGACUCGAGGAGAAAAGGUGGAGAACAAAGAGGUAAAGAAACGAAUCCUGAAUGACCCUGUGAUCUACCCAGAGAGCUUCAGUGAGAACGCCAAGUCCAUCUGUGAAGGUCUUCUGGCUAAAGAUGUGAACAAGAGAUUGGGCUUUAAGAACGGCUCAUGUGAUGAACUGAGAUCUCAUCCGUUCUUCACUGAGAUUAACUGGAGGAAACUUGACGCAGGAAUUCUGCCUCCUCCGUUUGUACCGGAUUCUAAGACGGUUUAUGCCAAAGAUCUGGAUGAUGUGGGUGCUUUCUCCACGGUGAAGGGCGUCUGUCUGGAAGACGAUGAUCGACAGUUUUGUGAUGAGUUUGCCUCAGGAAACAUCCCCAUCCCGUGGCAGGAGGAGAUGAUUGAGAUGGGGAUUUACAGCGAGUUGAAUGUGUGGGGUCCGGGCGGCAGCGUUCCCAAUGACCUGCGGCGGGAAUCCAUCCUAGAGCAGCCGCCCAAAUCCUCCACCUGUAUUAUAUCAUAAUCAUCACAUGACAAGUGAACUUUUCUAGCAUCUCUAUCGUUGUUCAUUGGCUCCAUCAUCAGACACAAUCAUAGAUCAUUGGUUACAUUGAUUUAUAUCAUCAGGCUUUAAAGGAUUAACAUUAUUUUUAAGGAAAGUGAGAGUGAAGUUUGUUCCUCUAAAUAUGUGUUUCUGUAAUUUAUCCUUUGGUUUGGGUAAAUGUGUAAUUGUUAUAAAAAUAGUAAAUAAUGUGUGUAUGUGUAAUGUAUAUGAAUAUAAAAACAUAUAUACUGUAUAUUAAUAAUGAUCAAUAUAUAUUAAUAAUAUAAAAAAGUGAAAAGUUUUUGUUGCGCUUGUGUUUAUGUAUUAUCUGUGUAUAUAAUGAAUGUGUGCACCUCAACAAAUGUCAAGAUCACUGAGUUUUCAGGAUUACUAAAAUGUAAUUUGGACUUUAAAAUUGAAAUAGUAGAUAACAAACACAGUCUGUUGUGCAUUGAAUAGAUCCUUUCUCAUUUGUAUUCAUUACAUAAAGUGAAGUUUAUGUUUGACAUAUUCCAUCCUGAACUCAAUGUCUUUGACUUAGUUUUUUUUUUUUUUAAAUAAUGCCUUUAUUCACUGGAUUAUUCAGUAAUAAUAUUGUUCAGGUGUAAUGAUCUGUAGGAUAAACACAAUUGCUGAUCAAUAUAGUCUCUGAGAGUGCUUGAAUAGUCCUGCUGUUAACAAUCAGAGAUGCCUAUAAAGUGCUUUUAAAAGUGAAAAUAUUAUUAGGUUGACUUGUUGAAAAAGUUUUUUUUCAUGUAAAAACUGUACAUGUCUAUAGGUUGCAUUGAUUAUUGAAGUACAACUGAUUGUGAAAACUGUACCAGUUGUCAUUAAUGAUUUAAAAUUAACAUUUUGCCAUAAAUACCCUCAUAGUAAACUUCUGUGUU